CAAAUCGACACAUCGAAGUGUCAUUCCCGGUAUAUUAAUCACUGGAAAUAUCGACAGAUUGAAGCUCUCAGAGCGGAACACAUUUGAUAAAUUUAUAAAUAAAAAAAAAUUAUUUCAUAAAAAAAAAAACAAAAUUUAGAAAUACAUUUGCAAAUAUCAAAUCAAUGUAAAUGGCUAGUUGAAGACAUCGAUAUUUACCAAAUUAAUUUGGACAAUGAUCUGGAUUGUUGGAAAACUCAAAAAGGCUGGGGGAGGGCUUUGAAAAUGCCGCAAAGAUAUCGCAGACAAAAUAAUCGAUUCUCGAAUUAGUGUCGAUCGUCGUACGAUCGAGCCUCCCCUCCCCCAACAUAACAUGUGAUCGACUGUUGACAACAUCUGCGACCACCGCUCGCGAGUGAUAUUAUUGUCAAGUGGGUAGAAUGGAGCAGAUUGAGGUUUCCAGGGGAUUAAUUACUUUUUGAGGCUUUUCGGGGCUGAGAAGUACUUUAAGUGGGAAGUUGUGAUAUCAGGGAAAUGGCUGAGAAUCUCGCGGCGAAGCUCUAUGGAUUAUUGCAGGGGGAUGCUGUCAAAGCUGAGCAGUGGAAACUCCUGGGACAGGAGCGGGACUGCUCCCUCCUGAUUGGCUGGAUCGAGGAGAACUCACCCCGGCACUCGGUAAUCGGUCACUAUGACCGUGGUAAAGACACUCUCCAAGUACUCCACCACUUCCCCUCCAUUGUGAACAUCGUCCAAGCGUCAAUAAACCAGAGCCACACUCUCCUGGGUUACGUGGUGAAAGACCUCACUAGCGAUUCCCAACUCCCCACAAGCUCCGAUGAUCCGCCCGAGUCAUACAAUUCCUUCAUCCUGGAGCUUACCUCCGGCAAAAUCCAUGACCUCCAAUCAAAUACCCCGAAACAGGUCCGAAUACAGUUCCUCUACAAGCAAAAGCCCCACAAUCUCGAGAAAUUCCUCGUCCUGAUCCAUCACGAGACCAUCACCAUGUACACGGCAACCCUCAUCCCCUCGAACCCCGAAAUUCAAGACCUCAAAUCCGAGACAAUUGUGAGAACAUUCUUGUGGGCUCAAUGGGACGCUACAAAUCAAGUCCUCUACCACAUCCACAACCGUCGGCCCCAGGUGAGCGUCAUAACCGAGGAUGAUGACGAGCCCCUCCCAAAGCCCUCAUCAUCUCCAACGCUUAGCGGCCUCCAGUUCCACGACGAACUUCCCCACGAGACAGUCCUAAACAUUCCCCUGAACCUCCCCCAACUCCCCACCUCCGGCUCCUGCGGAACCUACGAGGAUGACGUAAUUCCUCUGAGGGUGCACGACUGCUCACUAGAUCUGAUCGUCAUCUCGGAUAGUCGAGGAAUGGUAUGCGUCUGUCAUCACUACCUUUACCGGCCGAUUCAGCCCCCUCAGCACAUGCUGGACGCCACCCUGAGCGACUCUAACACCGUUCACUUCGCUUAUUCCGUGACGCUGUUGCAUCACAGCUGCGUCAUACACUGCGUAAUCCCAGGAAUCCCCUGGUCACAGGCGAAACUCAUGCGGCCAACAUUUUGUAUUGCCGAUGGCGGUGAUUACAUGAUUGUCAUAGUUCAGGGUUUCUUCACACAUCUGCUGGAGAUCGGUGUGACUCACGAUCCUAGUUGUCAUAUUCUCUGUGGACCACUGUCAACGAUUCCGGAGGCAUCGUCGUACCUGGUGCCGUUGCUCACUCUCCCGACUACCUCAUACAACCUCAAAGGAAAGAAAGGAUUUCUAGCCGGACGGGAGGCCAUUUCUAACACCCUGACCAUAGACCUACCUACCCUGGACCUCGUUCCCCUCGACAUAUCUCCCGAUUUUCUCAUCGAGACCUUCACAAGGGAGACCUCGGUCCACGGAAGACUAGGUGUCAUCCACUAUUUCAUGUGCCACAGACACGACUUCGAAGCCGUCGCCAAUCUGUUCUCGAUUAUAUCUGAUAAACCAAAGUCCCUGAAUGUCGUCCAGUUCAUGCAGGAGAUCCUCAUCGGAGGAUCGUACUCCAUUGUGCAACGGAAUUUGCUCCCGGACGCUGUUCCCCUCCUCUCUCUCCUACCGGUGACAACUGUCAAAGACUACUCAUCAUACGAGGUGAAGAUCAACAAUCUCGGAAUUACCCUGAGCCACGAAAAGCUCUGGAACACCUCGGUGAUGCUGUUGUCACCUCAACAAAGACUGGUCCCUUACAGAAGUGAUCUCUGGACCAAGUUAUGGGACAACCUGGGGAAGAGAAGCGAGAGCAAGCCUCGAUUCAAUCCCAGUCAGAUCACUGACAAACUUCUGGUGUCUCUAGCUUGCUAUCAGCCUGAGGCAUUGUCCAGGUGCAGCACUCCCAUGUCACCCAGUGGCGGUCUAGUUCUGGCGACUUCCUCUGCAUCAGCACUAGCUUCGACAUUGGCAACAGCUUCGUCUCCUUUCGGUGAACACCUCAUGUCCAAUCGAGCCAACAAGAUGUUGGAUGCCGCACUUCCAUUUGUGGAGAUGGAAAACUGCACGGCUUCACGGCAGGAGCAUGUGGUGUCCGUUAACCUGAGGGAGCUUUCGAUGUAUCUGUUGAAACAUGCGACCAAUACACCGGCAACUUCUUACGUUUCUUCCACUAGCCUUCAGGUCCACGCUGUGGCGACAAGAUAUGUUGCUGCGCAGCUCGAGAGCUCCAGGACGCUGUGUCAGAUGCUCGCCCGGGCCGCCAGUGUGGAUCCUAGGCUGGAGCAGGAGAGAGGCUUCAUGCUCAUUGAGCAGCUGGAUGAGGCGAGGAGGGGACUCCUCUUCAGUUUGAUGGAGAGGUACCGGUAUGCCAUUGAGAUCAUGGCAUUCCCAGUGCCUCAGGGUUUCUCCUCUUUCUUCACGUAUUUGGGGUACAGGUGCCUAAGGUACUCCAUGUUUUUGCAGUAUGUGGAGAGGGCUGUUUUCGAGCUGCAGGUGGAUGUGGCCAAGAUCAUCAUGGCAGAUAUCGGUGACACCAAGGAAACUGUCAUAAAGAAGCUUCACCUCCUCUCGCUCCUUCCAAGAUCUCGAGCGAAACGCCUACUUAAUCAGUGGCUGCAUCCUGCCAGUUUCAUGCUGAGAGCCCGGGAGCACGCCACCAACAUCCUCUCCGGAGAAGUAUGCCAGAAUCGAGGAAGAACAUCUCAACACUGUCAUCGACACAACGGUCUCGCUGCCUUUCCUUCUGCUGAUCGUCUCUCACCUCUUGACACUUUUUUGGAUCUCCUGACAGCCAAAGCUAGUCUCACAGAACUGGACUUCGGUCUUCUCAUCGAAGCCACUGUCACGUCUACCGAGGACUUUUUAUAAUCAUAGAUAGUGGCUUGUUAUCACGAUCUGUCAUUCUUUCCCUGGGCUAUUGACAAGCCUCAAUGCUCAACUGUUUAUUGUGUAUUCCUGAAUGUUUGAGGUUAUGUUGUUGUACGAAUGGGUAUCUCUUGAGACGUGCCAUCAAUGUUCAAAUUAUUUUAUGCACUCGACUUUUUUUCACACGGUGCUGGUUACACAGGGGAAAAAAUUGUCUUUAGGAUAUUCAGGUGUCUUUGACAGUUUGCUGGAGACUGCAGUGUAGAUUCAACCGUUCUACACUGCAGUUUUUUAUUUUCUAAAGGACGAAGAAAUUACGACUAUGGAAUUUACAAAUUAGGAAUUUAAAAAAAACGAUGAAAUGUUUAAUUUCAAUUAUUAUUUUUUUUAUAUUUCACUUUCCGAGAUAUAUUUUCAGGGAUUCUGGUACUUUUCGUCUGUUUCUGGUUAUUUUGUCACGACAGAUACAAUUUUUAUAUUGUAUAGUUUAUUUAUAAUUCAGGAUAAGAUAUGUCGGUACGAGUACCAAAAAGAUUUUUGUCGCAUUUUACCCAAAAAAAAUUAUUGACCAACAUCAAUGUAUGGGUAUGAAAAAUUAAUAUUUUCCAUUACCUAAUAAACAUCGCCCACCCGUACUAUGAAAUCACAGCUCUAAAGUUCAACUGCAGAAGUAGUAGAGCAGUUUUUUAGGAAAAAAAUAACCAAAGUACUUGGAUAUCCUCAAAGAGAGACUUUCACGAGUUAUGAAAGCCCCGGGGGCUAGUGAAGCGAUUUUUUACAUACAUUGAAAAUCGAUUAUAAAUGUCUAAAAAUGAAUGAAAUUGUUACCAUUAAUGUUUAGACCUACGGAAUCAAUGUUACCUGUGUGCAAACUAUUGCUCUUCAAGGGAAUCAAUUUUCCACUCCGAUUUUGCCUCAAUUUAAGACACCAUUUGUUCGUGAGUACUGCGUCACUAUUGUUUUACGUUCUCAUUGAACAAGAGCACCUUUCAGUAUUGUUUUUAAUUUUAAGCAUACUUCUAAGUAGUCAAUUCAUCCCAGAUUUGUGUUAACCAUUGUUCAAGCUCGUUUUUAUAUCCAAUGUUUUUAUUCGUUAUCAGGAUGUAUUUUUUCUGUUGUAAAAAUGAUGUGAAAUCGCCUAUCACACGAAUAAGACUUUGAAAUUUGAAAAUAUCGAUUCAAUUUAUUCUUAUCUCUCCCUUUCAGGGUAAACCAUCGAUGGAUUAACUACUGCGCUCCCCUGCACUGACUUUGGGUUUU